GUUUCAGCCUUUUUAGAUUGUGAUUUUGUGUUAAUGCAAGUAGUACAAGCAUAAUAUUAUUUAAAAAUCGGCGGGGUGCAGUCUGCGGGUAUCGCUUCUCGGCCUUUUGGCUAAGAUCUUAUAAGACCCGUGCCUUCCUUUUUAGCCUUUUAUCCCUGCUUUUAUUUCUGUUUUUAGUAGGCUGGGGAUCCCGCAGUGGCUGGUGGCUUGUCCGCCGCCCUGCUGGGCGAACUGGUGUUUUUAUUUUUAGCUGGUUUUAUAGUUUAGCUCUGCUCGACUCAUCCCGGAUUGGCGGACGGCGGGACCACGGCGGCGGAAGGACUCUGCUCCAGCGGCGACGUCGGUGGACCUUCCCGGAUGGCAACGGCCGGCGGACCAUCGAGGAAGCCCUUCAGCGGGCCGUGGCUGGUAGCAGGCGGGGGCCUGCGGAAUACCGCCCGGUUCUGCUGGAGGGCUGAGGGGGAGGUGGGCACCUUCCCCGACCAGCUGGCCUUCAUCCGGGAGGUGGCCUUUGGAGCGUUGGGCCUUCAGAUGCAGGACAUCCUCUGCGUACAGCGGAAUGGCCCCUUCCGCUUCUUCGAGGUCACCUUGUCCACCGACGAGAGUUACACCAAGGUCCUGGAGCGGAGCAAGGAGGGGGCCCAGCACCCCCUCCUCGGACGUUACAACAUCGAGCCGCUGUGGUGGCCCGACAAGCGGGUAAUAACAGUCCAUUGUUUCAACCCGCAUGUUACCGCCGAGGCCGUUUCCCAAUUUCUGACAAAGUAUGUGGAUCUUCUUCCUGGCCACAGGGACAUCCGGGAUGAGCUGGGGAUCUGGACUGGCCGACGCCAGUUCCAGGCCCGCCUGCGCCCGGACGCUAAUGGCGCAGGCGGUUUUAGCCACCCCCCAGCCUAUUUUACUCUACAGGGCAAUAAGGCAUACCUUUUUUAUUCUGGACAGCCUCCCUUCUGCCGGCAGUGCCACAGCUUUGGACAAACCUGGAGGGAUGCGCCAACCUGCGCUGCCGCAACUGCCUGGAGUCGGAGCACAUGGCCAGGGACUGCAAGGGCCCCCGUCGCUGCAUUCACUGCAACGGCGAGGACCAUCUGGCUCGUUCCUGCCCACAGAAAAAGACUACAUAUGCCAACGCUCUGUCGGGUAACAGAGCAGUCGGCACGGAGAAUGGUGGGGGAGCUCUAGCCCCCACGACUGGGCAGGAACAGCCGGCGACGGGGGCAGGAGGAGAAGCCCUGGUCGAGGUGGAGGAGGCCCCUUCGAGUGCGACACCAAUGCAGGAGGGGUCUCCGAACAAGGUGGAGCAGCUCGCCCUGGCUCCAGGCGUCAGCAGCAGGCGAAAGAAGAGCGGUGCAUCCCCCCGGGGGAGGAAGAAGAGCAGAAGGGAGGCGCAACCCGACGCAUCCAGCCCUCCGGCUGCCACCUCGCCAGCAGUGGCGGCCGGGGACCAAGGCCGACAGUGUCCCCCCUCCCCGAUGUUAGAGGCCCCCCGUCUGGUGUGGGACUUGGGACAGUCCCCUGCACCCCACCAGGAGUACAGCGGUCAACAGGACACUGCAAAUGAACAGGAGUACCUGGGGGGGCUGGAAUUGGGGGACCUUUUGAGGUUGACUGAGGAGGGGGGGCAGUAGGACAGUAUUGUUUUUAAUGGCUGGCUUUUAUUAUUUUAGUUUGUUGUUUUUAAUUGUAUUUUAUUAUUUUAACAUUCUAUGGCCAAUUUUAAUAUUGUCACCUUGAAUGUAAGGGUUUGAGGAACAUUUUAAAACGCACAUCUGUUUUUAACCAGCUGGCAUCUUCUCCCUUCAGCAUUUGUUUUCUGCAGGAAGUCCACCUCCGGGACCAGCGGGACGAGGCUCUCUUUUCACGACAGUGGAAGAGGGGUAGAUCCUACUGGAGCGUAGGUGGCGUCCACUCCUCAGGCGUCGGGAUCCUUUUUGGCGACCGCGCCUUUGAAGAAGUAAGUGCGUUUACCGUCCUUCAGGGCAGGGUUUUGGGAGUGGACGCCACAUGGAGGGGACAGCGCCUCCGGGCCAUAUGUGUCUACGCUCCGGUGGAGGCCUCGUCCCGUAUAACUCUCUUUGAAGAGUUGUCCCCGUUCUGUGUCACAGAUCGACACUUGAUUUUAGGAGGGGACUUUAACAUCUCAUUGGAGGGUAGACAGGAUGUCAGCUCAGGGCAUUUUCGCCAUUUUAUUCGUUCCUUUAAACUUGUUGACGGUUUUAAAACAUGCAACCCCAGCAUGCCGGGCUUCACCUGGCAUAAUAGUCGCGGAGCCAGCAGCCGCAUCGACUACAUUUUAGCUUCACCCCCCGUUGCUUUUAAAAAGGUGUCCCUCUCCCCACAGUGGCCCACUGACCAUCUGGCAGUGGAGGCCACUGUCUCCAUAGACGCCCCUGUAUAUGGGGGCGGCUAUUGGAAAACGAACCUGUAGAUCCUGGAGGAGAGAGAUUUUAGACACCUUUUUUUAGAUCACUUCUCCGAGUGGCAGAAGGACAAGCCUACCUUCCCCUCCGUGGCCGAAUGGUGGGAGAGUGUGAAGGACAGGAUCCGAACCUUCUCCAUGCAGUACAGCAAGCAGCGCAGGAUGGAGAGAAGAGGUUCUCCAUUCUGCAGCUGGAGAGAAGGUUGCGGGAUGAAUACGCCGCUCACAACAACGGGGGCACCAUCAACCACGAGCGGCUGCUUGACAUAAAGGAGCCAGGGAAGCCCGGGAGGAGAAGAGCUUUAGCUCUCUCCAUGCCUCAAAUGGCAAUAUAGUCACGGAUACAUCAGACAAUCCGCAAAAUCCGGGCCGAUUUGGGAUUCAGGAUGGAGACCGACGUCAUCCAACGGGGCUACCACGAGGCCAAGGAGAGGUGGAAGGGCCUCUUUUGGCUUUAGCCCCGUUUCAUUUAGGUGGUGACGCUCCAUCCUACAGGGUCGACAUGACGCACUGUCCUGAAGCACACAGGAGGUACUUUGGGUUUUAGGUAAGUGUGCUUUGUUUUUUGUGCGUGUAUGGUGUUGGAAAUAUUCUUUUAAUUAACUGCAUGUACUGAGAUUGUUCACGGCUGUGGUUGGUCACUUGUAGCACCUUUAUGUAUGAACAUUAACUGUAUUUAUUAACAUUUUAUUCUAUAUGCUGUGCCAUGUCUGUGACUAACCAGUUUUUUAGCCUGAGGCCAUUGAUUUUAUGUGUUUUAGGAUGAUGCAUAACCCUGUUUUAACCCGACCCUUGUGCCGAGGCCUGAGGUCUACGGGUCUGUUCCUUUUUUAAGGUUUUAAUAUUUUAAUGGCUUGCAUUUGAGGUGACAUUUUAAUUAUGUUAAUGGACAUAUGAUUGUAAUUAGAUUUUAAAGUGUGUAUAUGUAUUACUUGUUUUUACUGUUAUGUUUUGCUUAUCCUAUAGGGAAUGGUUCUGUGAUAUAUUUGUUUAAUAUUGUUUUAAAGGUUUUUUAUUGUGUGAAUUUAAAAUGUACAGAACUGUUUAAUAAAGCAUGAAAAGAAAAAAAAAAUCUGUUCUUAUCAGUUUAAUAUCUGAUACGUCCCCCAUGGAGGGGACCACAUAUUAAACGGAUUUUUGGAACAGGGAGCCGGAAGUGGGGCUUGCCCUGUCCGCUCCACGCAUCGACCCGGUAUUGCAGUGUUUCUGGGAACGGUGCACCUCUAUUGCCCCCUGCUGUUGAAAGACAGAGCUGAUCGGUGUUCCGCUUAUCAGACCGAGAGCCUGCGCCGCUUGCCAGGCGAUUAGCCGGUGUCGUGAGGGAUGGACUCUGUCCGUGCGCCGGACCCUGUGCCAUCUUCUCCUGCCAUGUCGCUGACUAAUCCAGAAGGAAAAUGACUUUUAAUAUUCGAGUUUAAAAGAGCAGGUGUAACAGCUCUACU